UGUCGUGUACGUUGACCUAUACACAUUAAUUAGGUACAUGUACGUACAUUCACGUAUCGUGCAGGGAAAAAAAAAGUAAAAACAUUUAUCGAGAUUCUGUGUCUUCGUUCUGGGUUAUUUUGCCCCAUCCAUACCGAGUUGCCGUAAUAGGCAAAGUGAAAGCAGCCCGACUCCUAAUUAAUCUAAAUUGUUUCCUGGAGGUUUUGAGCGUAAUUCUCUUCAUUCCAGCGUAACAUAUGAGUAACUAUCUAUGUGCAGUGGGACGUAGGCGAUGAGUGACGUCACAGACGUGCCUUAUCUCCAGGAAAACUCCGGGCGUGCCUCAACCAAUCAAAAACUCGAGUAAUGGCACACAGAUGUGACGUCACACCUAGGCCCUGUCACGUGACACUCAUUCCUGAACACCUCCUCUCACAUCACGUGGUUUGAGUGUAGAAUGGAUUGAAAUAGAUGUGGGCACAGUGACCAGUGACUGACCAACAGUUUUGCUCUGCUUCAGUCCAGGUAUAAAUAAGAGUAGGAACACUCACAGACAAAAUAACUUCCACGUCUCAAUAGCUGUCCAGAUCCUCACACAAGCUGCUGGCAAGUUUGGCAGGAAAGUUGACCUGGAAAAAAACCCCAACCCAACUUCCUUGUACCUUUUUGUCAAGAGUUCCAAACUUGAAUUAUCUUGUGAAUUUGAGUUUAAUAUUAUAUCAGAACACCACUGAAGCAAGCAUGUAUCUCCUUGCCUUGACUGUGUGUUCUGUGAUAUGUCAGAGUGCUCUAAGUCAGACACAAUCGGCCCCACACAUCAUCGACUGCACGGGUGAGAAGGAUGGCCUGCAUGAGAUCGGCUGCUGGGGCUACGCCAACUGCGUCAACGGCACACCGGAGGUCCACUCCUGUCCGGUGGGCAUGGUGUUUGAGAGACACUCAAUGAAAUGUAUCAGACCAGGAGAAGGCAAGACCGACUGCUACCUACCCACGGAGUGUGCAGGAAAGGCUGACGGUUCGUAUCCUGACCCAGGAGACAAAUGCGUGACGUACUACAGAUGUCAAGGAGGCCUCAACUUGGGACGCUUCUACUGCCCGGACUUGACGGCGUUCAACCCACAGCUACAACUGUGUGACUACCCCUGGAACAUCUUCCCCCCUUGUGGAACAAAAUACAACCCCAACGCACAGACGACCGCCCCACCCGCUCAAACGACCGCCACACCUGCACAAACGACCCCACCACCGCCUCCCAUAGUUGUCGUUGGAUAACUCCCCAUGUUUGUUUGGCCUCAUCGUUAAACUAAUCAAAGUUAUGUUGUCGGUUUUGGGAAGGGGGGUAGGAGUGUGGUGUUCUAUUUUUUUAAUCUGUGGCUUAGCCUCAAAUCUGUUUUAAAAAGUACUAGAGUGGUCCACAGAAAAUGUUGCACCACACCCUGGUCGCAUUUUUCUGUGCACGAAAUACCUGAACAGAUCGCUGAUGGGGAAACACCAUGAUAAUAUAGGACUUUAUGGGAGCAACUGAGCGGAGAAAUGAAUGGAGAACCAUGAUCGCCGGUGUCUGUUUCAGAUCUGGCACCUUAUGAUGAUGAAAGAGAGUGACGUCACCCUCGUUUGGACUAAAAGACUAAAUAUUUAGUAUUAGUGGUAAAUGUGUGCUCCUCAAUAAAAACAUCUUUUUUUCUUAU